AUUAGUUCUACUUCCAUUAUUUUAAUACGUAUAUGCAUUCCAAUCCAAUAUCAAUUCCAAUUUCCAAUUAAGAGGCAUGGACCAUUGAAAAAAUAUUUAACGCUGUGAUUGUCAUUUAACGUAAAUAAAUAAACAUUUUAAAUUAAAGAGACCGCAAAAUGAGUAUUAUGAUGUAUAUGCUUCGAAAUAUGAAGCAAUCGCCCUUUGCACCUCUUCAACUAACUCACAAUGAAAGCAUAAUAAGACUCUCCUCAUCUAAUGAAAUAGUGAGUCCCCGGAUGCAAGAAUUCAAAAAGAAAUUAAGAGAAAAGACACCCAUUGGAAAACUAGAUGAACCAUUAGGAAAACACCCCUAUCAAGAAGAAGAGCCACUACAGCCGUGGCCCGAUAAUACUAAUCCCCAUACUGGAGAAAUUGGAGGCCCUAAAGGUCCAGAACCCACAAGAUAUGGGGAUUGGGAAAGAAAAGGAAGAGUUACUGAUUUUUAAUGAAUUUAGGGGAAUGUGGGCGGCCUUUUUGUUAGUUGAACAUUUAUGUGAAUUAUUAGUGUGUGUUUAGAAACAAAUAUUUGUUAUUACAAAAACGUCAUUUCAUCAUACAGACUUUUGUAGAAAAAUGUUAUUACUAAACUGCUAGUAUUCAAAAGUUAACGUGAAUAAAAUGUAAACGUUUCAACCGCUACUUUUUCUACAGCA